AUGUACAUUCCACCAUUAAAUUUUGCACCCAUUAUAAAUUCAAGUAAUGACCUGAUAUAUAGAUCUGGGUUUCCAAUGCCCUUGAAUUAUCCAUUUAUUUCUGAAACAUUACACUUAAAAACUAUAAUUUAUAUAGGUGAAAAAACAGAAACUGAUUUACCCAUUGAAUACAAGAAUUUUAUUAAGAGGGAAAAAAUUCAAUUUUAUUACAUACCGAUGGAAACUACCAUGGAUCCAAAUGCCCAGCAAAAUAUGGAAAACAUGUUAAAAUUAAUCCUAGACAAGAGAAACUAUCCCAUCUUAAUGCAUUCCAAUAAAGGCAAACACAGAAUCGGUGUUGCUGCCGGUAUCAUACGAAAGAUAUUACAAGGAUGGUGUAUUAGUGGUAUAUAUCAAGAAUAUAGUAUAUUUACGGGAAAUCUUAAGGGGGAAGUUGAUUUAGAGUUUAUUACUGGAUUUAUGCCUACCAAUGUCAAAGUAGAUAAGCGGUAUUUGCCUGAAUUUGUAAAGUUAUAA